GUGCUGCUGGAAGAUAGGACUUCUGACUGAACCGGUUGGGGGUUGUGUCCAUUGACUCCUAAUGUUGCUUCAAGUCUGAGUCCCUGCUGUACACUAUAGAGAUGUUUAUCUGGUGAUCAGCUAAGUGAGGGGCUGACGUGUCUCACUGAUUUUUGCUUUCAGAUUUUGGCAAGUUUCGUCUGCGCCCCAUAUAGAGGCCGUAAACCUGAGAAACACAGCUCAACAUAGUCAAAGUGUCCAUUAUCCUGCGCAUCAGUAUGAAUAUUCCAUGAACGUGCUGCCUCAAAUGAAAAGCUUCCUUGCAGCUCUUCUCUGGAACCUGAGCAGAGGGGCUGAAAGGUUAUCUCAGGAUAGAUUUUUUUUUUCUUUAUAGAAACAAGACACGUCCACAUCCCCCAACACAUUAAUGAUCCUCUCUUCCUGAUCAGCUACCUGAGAUUGUUUUGAUCAAACGUACACACCAGAUGUUGCUGCACUUGGAGGAGUCUGUCUGAAUGCCUGAUGUAACUUUGCAAUCUUACUCAUCGCCUCCGUGUCAUUUUAAUGGACGCAGCCUUCUAACUUGCCCAUGGCCAACGUGAUCAGACUGUGGAGUGAAAAAUCAUGUGCAUUCCUCUGCUCGCUGGCUCUGUCAGAUGGCCGGAAGCAGCUAACGUAAAAGCAUACACGGUGCAGUUUCGCACGGUUAUUGCAAUUGGUCUUUUUUUUCCGAGGGGGGGACCGACACCGACUGCGUUCAGCACCAGCAGCAGCAGCAGCAGCAGCAGCAGCAGCAGCACACACCCCUCAGCACCGGUGAUGCAUCCCCGCGGCAAGGGCACGGACAACUCCUCGUCAGAGUCGUCUCGACUUUAGAAUGGUGAAGAAAUCCCUCAACGGCGGGGUUUACCCAACUCAAGCCGGGGAGAAGAAGCACAAAGUCGGCUUUGUCGGAUUGGACCCGGGCGCUCCCGAAUCCAGCAGGGAUGGGGCGCUGCUCAUUGCGGGCUCGGAGAGCACCAAGCGGAGCGGCAUCCUCUGCAGACCGAGGUCCAGCAUCUCCGCCGGGAGACCCAGACCGUCGAAGAAAAACGCCAGCUAUCGGAAACUCCAGAAUUUCCUCUACAAUGCGCUGGAGAGACCGCGGGGCUGGGCGUUCAUCUACCACGCUUAUGUCUUCCUCUUGGUCUUCUCCUGUCUCAUUCUUUCAGUCUUUGCCACCAUCAGAGAGUUCAAAAAUAGCUCAGAGAGUGCCUUGUACAUCCUGGAAAUUGUGACCAUCGUGGUAUUUGGAGUGGAGUACAUUGUGAGGAUAUGGGCUGCCGGCUGCUGCUGUCGAUACAGAGGAUGGAGAGGGAGGCUAAAAUUCGCCAGAAAGCCUUUCUGUGUCAUAGACAUCAUGGUGCUGAUUGCCUCAGUGUCUGUACUGGCAGCUGGAUCUCAGGGCAAUGUUUUUGCCACCUCGGCCAUCAGGAGUCUGAGAUUCUUGCAGAUCCUGCGCAUGCUGCGUAUGGACCGCCGUGGAGGCACCUGGAAGCUGCUCGGAUCUGUAGUUUAUGCCCAUAGCAAGGAGCUCAUCACAGCUUGGUACAUAGGCUUUCUGUGCCUGAUCCUGGCUUCAUUCCUGGUCUACUCUGUGGAAAAAGAGACAAAUGAGGAGUUUGAUACAUAUGCUGAUGCUCUCUGGUGGGGACUGAUCACUCUCACCACCAUCGGUUAUGGUGAUAAGGUUCCCAAGACCUGGAAUGGACGUUUACUGGCAGCCACAUUCAGCAUGAUCGGGGUGGCCUUCUUUGCACUCCCUGCUGGAAUCCUGGGUUCUGGCUUUGCCCUAAAAGUCCAAGAGCAGCACAGGCAGAAACACUUUGAGAAGAGACGCAACCCUGCAGCGGGUCUCAUCCAGGGUGCCUGGAGGUUUUAUGCUACCAACCUCUCCCGUACUGAUCUGGUGUGCACUUGGGAUUUUUAUGAGCAGACGGUAGCUGUUCCGAUGUACAGACUUAUUCCGCCACUGAAUCAGCUGGACCUGCUGAGGAAUCUAAAGGGCAAGUCAUUCAGGAAGGAGUCUCAAACAGAAACGUCUCCCAGUAAUGAAAAUGCACACAAAGACAGACUUUGCGGGUGCUGUCCGAGAGCUAUUAGUCGGAAGGCCAGUCUGAAAGACAAAGUAUUCCCCAGUCCUUCCAAGGCUCCAGUGGCCAAGGGGAAGACCCAGUCUCCAGGGCCAGAGGACGGGGCUGAGGCCAGUCCCAGCAAAGUCACCAAGAGCUGGAGCUUCAAUGAGAAGAACCGAGGGCCGAAGCAUGCCUUCAGAGUCCGAGGCAGCACCUCGCGCCAAAACUCAGAGGUGCUGAUUGAAAUGCAGGAUGAAGACUUUGGACUGAAGAGUUCUCCAGCAAUUGAAGGUUUAAUAAAGGCGAGCCUCCCAGGAGAGGAGAUUGGUGAUGACAAAAGCUGCCACUGUGAGUUUCUCAAUCAAGACUUACCGCCAGGAUUGAAAGUUACAAUAAGGGCAAUAUGCAUCAUGAAGUUUCUGGUGUCAAAGAGGAGGUUCAAAGAGAGCUUGCGGCCUUAUGAUGUCAUGGAUGUGAUCGAGCAGUACUCUGCAGGUCACCUGGACAUGCUGUCUCGCAUUAAGAACCUGCAGUCCAGAGUUGACCAGAUAGUGGGUAAAGGUCCCAAAGCUGACGGUGAGGCUGCGGAUGACCAGAGCAUGAUGGGACGUCUGGUCAAAGUGGAAAAGCAGGUGCUCUGUAUGGACAGGAAACUUGAUUUCUUGGUCAAUGUGUACGUGCAGCGUAUGGGCAUCCCUCGUUCAGAAACAGAGGCCUUUUUCAACUCCAAAGAGCCGUAUCCAGCGCCGCCUUACCACAGCCCAGAGGAGAGCAAGGUGGAGAAGGAGGAUAAAGAGGAGGUGAAGGAGGAGAAGGUGGUGACGACAUGUUCAGCUGCAGAGGUCCCGUGCUCUGAUGGGUCUUUGGAAAAGAAGGAUCCUCUACUCGGUCGAUCAGUGGCAAUAUCGGUUGGUACUCCCUCUGGCAGCCACAGCCGCCCCUCUACCUCCUGGCAGCACCAGCUCCAGCACCCCCUCAGCCAGCCUGCCUGGAACAGCAGCGUGGCCAACACCCCUUCGCCAGUUGGUGGCAGCGGUGAGCAUUCGCCCACCCUGUUCCGCCUUCCGCCUCCACCUGCUCCUGUCCACGACCGCUCCUCAUCCGUCCUUGGAGGCAGCGGCAGAGAGAGCAGUUCCCAGGGCCGGAGGCGCCACAGGAAGCAGAGGUGCCAGCAGGAUGCCACAGCCGUGGAGAGCGACACGUCUCUGUCCAUCCCGUCUGUUGACCACGAGGAGCUGGAGCGCUCCUUCAGUGGCUUCAGCAUCUCCCAGGCCAAGGAGGACUUCUUUGGGCCUUCUUUCUUUAUAGGCUCAGGAGGAGGGGGAGCUGCUGCAGGGACUGAAGCCGCAACCGGACCCUCUCUCUGUGCCAGGGUCAGACCCUUCAUAGCAGAGGGAGAAUCAGACACAGACUCUGACCUCUACGCUCCCUCUCCUCUGUCCUUCACUGGAGAGGUGUUAGGUGGAGAGAGGCCAUGGCCAGGACUAAAGUAGGUCAGGAAAGACUGCUCUGCCUGGCAGAGUCGAUCAUGAGACCUUGUAGCCAACUGACUGACUGUUGCUGCUGCUGCUGAUGCUAUUACAGACUAUUUUAUGUUUAGCGAAUGGUUAGCUGUUUAUUACUGAGGAUGGUGAACAUAGAAAAACAAAGGAGUUGUCCUUUUUCACCAUUUUUGGUUGUGAUAUAACACUUUACAUGCAAUGCUGACUUACAGUUGCAUUGUAUCAUCAAGACUUUGAUGAUAAAUAGAAAAAUAGCUUUUUAGGGACAUUGUCUUUAUCUCACUUGCUGACAUUUCCGUUGCAUUUAUUUGUGAUGAAAGCUACAUGAGAGUAUAGAUGUGUGCGAGACACUUAAUUUUUCAUCAGACUUAUACUUUAACACUGAUUUCUAUGUAUAGAAAAUCACCUUGAUUUCUUUUAGGACUAAUGAUUUCAUUUCAGCACUCCCUCGCUGACCACUUUAACAUUCAAAACUUUGUGGGGGUUAGUAAUGCAAGAUUGUUAAAGUUCAUCACAUGGUUAGCAUAGUGUCUUGAUAACUUCUAUAACUUUGAAUGACAUGAGGUGUUAUGAUGCCAAAACCUUAGCUAUGAUAAUCAAUUCUCGAUUCUCGCAGAGUAAGAAAAAAAAAAAAAAAGACGUGCUUGCUUUUCUGAAUCAUUAAUUCAGCCUGCUGUUUACUGAAUACUAAAGCAGAACUCCCCUCGAAGUAUUGCAGAUACUUCCCCGUCAAUAAACCAGUGAACCCGCAGCAUGGCAUGUUAAAAGGUUGAUUUAAGGACUGUGUUGAGCAGGUUCCAAAACCAGACAACAGCUGCGAAAAGUCAGCAGAAACAAUUCCACAAGUGUUUUUCUCCUACAAACAAACAGAGCGAUGAAUAAAACAUGAAAAUGUGCAUGCAUGACUGGUUUCAAGCCACAAUGUGCUAAUUUUUUUAUGGGGCUUUGCUUGAAUUCCAAUCAUGUAUGCAGCCCCCGCUUGCUAAUUUCAAUGGCUCUUCUUUUUUGGGCAAGUAUUUCCACAAAUUAUAUACACAUGAAAUACAAAGGCAGAUGUCUAAUGCCACGUAUGGAAACAAUAUGGGCUCGCACAUUUUGUAUUUUCAUCACACAACAUGCAGUGUUGGAGUUAGAUUGAGUCGGACACUUGUUACUCAGACAUGAGUGCAUUCCGCCUGCAAUGCAUUGGUCAGUCAUUUAGACUCUCUGCUUCUAUGACAGUCCUGCACUAAUUGAGGAAAUGCAAUAAAAAGCAAGCAAGGCAAUCAAGAACCAUCCUCUAUCAACAUUAACAUGGCCUUAUUUUUCACAUGACAAUCCAUUGUUUUGUAGGUAAACAGAUUCACAAUUUAAUUCUAAACAUUUCAAGUACAUUUCAAGUGUUAUAUAGGAGGUUCUGUGGCCUGAGAGCAGCUGUCCCGGGAUACAAAUGUAGUCACUGAUUAUGCCAAAAGCAUGGGAUUCACAGUGGAAUCUGAGGCAUGAGCAAUUCUUCCCGAGUCAUUGCAAAACGAGUUCAACAUUUUAAUAUUAACAGUCCGUACAGUAGAGACAAUUCACACAAGAUACACCGUUCAUAUUUUUCGGAAACGAAGAAACGAACCUGUCGGCAUGUUUUCUACAACCCAAAGAAAGGACCUGUAUGGUUUUACAUGAAAAAGUAGCUGUUAGUUCAACACCAUCCUGUAACUGCACCUUCUUCUUCCUCUUCUUCUUCAAUAAUAAAACUUUGUACAUCACUGAAAAAAAAUCA